AUGGAGGCUAUGUCGACGUUCCAGGAGCCUACGGUCACAAUGAUAGCGCCUAUACGUGCGCACCAGCCCGAACAUCGUCUAACAAACUUCGCCUUCGCUGUCAAGAUUGGACGAGAGACCUUCUCCGAACGACUACCCCUCCAGUUCCAGACCUUUCUUCCACGAAUCGAUAACUACAUCUUUAUCUCGGAUCAUGAGGGACAACUUGGUGGAACGCCAAUCUUCGAUUGCUACACCACCAUCUACGACGACGCACUCGACCAAAUCCUGAGCACCGGAUCAAAACCGCAGUUCCCGUUACCUCAACGUCCAGAGCGAGAGCCCGGUUGGGAUCGCGAUGCGCACAAGAACCUCCCCGGCUUCAAACACCUCUACGACUCCUUCCCCGAUGCGGAGUGGUACAUGAUGAUUGACGAAGACACCUAUGUCUUCACACAGAACUUGUACGACAUCACCUCCGGCUUAAACUCCUCCGAUCCCGUUCAUAUGGGCUGGGCAAUGGGAUUCCCACCUUGUGGGGUAAACGACAAACUCUCGCUCGAGGAACACCCAAACAUGUACCAGGGCGGCUCCGGAAUCCUUCUCUCGCGCAGCGCCCUCAAAAUCUUGUACCCACACAUUGACCAAUGUAUCCUCAAAAGCUGGGAUUGUGGAUGUGGUGAUUACCGCACCGCACUUUGCUUGCACGACGUCGGAUUGACACCAGAUUGGCCACGUCACCCCUACGGAUACCACGUCCACGACUUCGGGCAGGGAGAGCAAGGGUGGCCUUCGGAUCCCUGUGUAAGACCGGUGACGGGUCACCAUAUGCGUGGAAAACACUUUCAAGAAGCAUACCGCGCCGAACUCGCUGCCCCCCACGGACAUGUAACCUUCGCGAACCUCUACGCCGUACACCAUGGCGGCGCCCGCGACAUCACCGAACGCGAUAUCGACUACGUGACCGACAUGGGACUCGCCGGCUGGGGCGAAGUCGAGGAUGCGAGGGAGUGUAGGGAGAUGUGUCUACUGGAGCCCGAAUGUAAAGCGUGGACAUUCCAGGAGGAGACGGGUGAGUGUUUUUUGAAGUAUGAGGGUGGCAUGAGGUAUGGUAGGAAGGAGGGGUACGUUAGUGGGAUGUUGGGGGAGAGGUAUAGGUGUGAAGAGCCGAUGAGGUUCACGACGGAGAGGUGGCAGUUCUUGAGGUAUGAUGGUGAGGGAAACCUUAUUUAA